AUGAAGGAGGCUCGAGAGGGAGUUAUUAAAUUUGAGGAGAUCUCAGGAUCUGUUAUGGAAGAUGUUUUGGAAUUCAUCUACACUGGAACUGUGAAAGUAACCCAGGAGAAUGCUAAGGAACUGAUCGCCACAGGGAAUUAUCUGAUCAUACCGAGCUUGAAAACUGUUUCUGGUCGAUUUUUACAAGGAGAAAUAUCAAAUACAAAUUGCAUCUCGACCUUUUAUUUCGCUGAGAAAUACGACUGUGUCGAACUUAUUGCCAACAGCAGGAAAUUCAUCCACGAAAAUUUCGCCUCCGUAGGAGAAAUAGAUGAAUUUUUGAGCUUGGAGGCUAAGGAGGUGGCGAGGUGGAUUUCAAAUGACGAGAUUAUCGUGAAAGCGGAUGCCAGCGUCUUCAAGAUAAUACUUAAAUGGGUUGAACACAAGCGAGCGAAAAGCAGCAUUUGA